AAUUGCGUUUACAUUUGGCGCGACGCCUGAAGAUAGAUUUUGUCAGAUUUGCAGGUUAAAGCAGGUGUACUGGUUACGAUAACAAGAUGGCAAUGCAAGCAAGACAACAACAGCAGGAGGUUGAAGUUGAGGAUGAGACUUUUGGUCCCAUGCCACUCAAUCGGCUUGAGGCGAAUGGUAUAAGUGCUGCUGAUGUGAAGAAAAUGGAAGAAGCAGGGUAUUUUACAGUAGAAGCUGUUGCGUAUGCACCAAAAAAGAGUUUGCUGGCGAUAAAAGGCAUAAGUGAAGCAAAAGCAGAUAAGAUUCUAGCUGAAGCUGCCAAACUGGUACCCAUGGGUUUCACAACGGCCACCGAGUUCCACCAAAAACGAUCAGAAAUAAUUCAAGUUACUUCAGGAUCAAAGGAACUAGACAAACUUCUUCAAGGUGGCAUAGAGACAGGCUCCAUUACAGAGAUCUUUGGUGAAUUCCGAACAGGAAAGACUCAGCUUUGUCACACUCUUGCCGUCACAUGUCAGUUACCAAUUGACAUGGGUGGCGGAGAAGGAAAAGCCAUGUACAUUGAUACUGAGGGAACAUUUCGACCAGAACGCCUGCUAGCAGUAGCAGAAAGAUAUGGACUUUCAGGCAGCGAUGUACUAGACAAUGUGGCCUACGCUAGAGCAUACAACAGUGACCAUCAGUCCCAACUUUUGAUUCAGGCAGCUGCCAUGAUGGCAGAAUCAAGGUACGCACUGCUGAUUGUGGACAGUGCCACAGCCCUGUACAGGACCGACUACUCAGGAAGAGGGGAGCUGUCUGCCAGACAAAUGCACCUGGCCCGCUUCCUCAGAAUGCUUCUUAGACUGGCCGAUGAGUAUGGAGUUGCCGUGGUGAUAACCAAUCAGGUUGUGGCCCAGGUUGAUGGAGCAGCCAUGUUUACUGCUGAUCCUAAAAAACCAAUUGGGGGAAAUAUCAUUGCACAUGCAUCAACAACGAGGUUAUAUCUGAGAAAAGGGCGCGGAGAGACCAGGAUAUGCAAGAUUUACGACUCCCCAUGUCUGCCCGAGGCAGAGGCCAUGUUUGCCAUCAAUGCGGAUGGAAUAGGUGAUGCUAAGGACUGAACAUGCUGAGUCACCUUCCCCAAGAGUCUAACAGAGUGUGUAAUACAGUACACGACUGAUAAAACCCAGCCACCCUGGUGCACAGGUUUUAUACAGGUAGCUGCUGACCUUCAGGAUAGAAGUGCUCAGAGACAUGGAGAAUUGAAACAUUUCAUUGAAUUGUCAUGCAUUUUGUAGAAGUAUGUUCCUUUUACAAACAAGUAUAUGUGAAAAUAUGUCAUAUGUAAAGCUUUUUGUUAUGUCCUUGACUAGCCUACCCUUGUUAACAUUCGACAUUACUUACCAACGCACAAAACAUGUUUUAUUAUAAAUGUAGUAUUAAGCAUAUUCUAAUUUACUCUGUAGAGGUAUGCUUGAACUUGUGAUGCUGAUGUUCUGUUUCUUGCAACAUUUCUUUUCUUUUUUUUAUAUAUGUUUGUGUAUUAUGUUAUAUGUAACUUUUUUGUCAUAAGAACUUGCUUAAUAUGUGUUUAGGUUUAUACCUUACCAAAAUUCUUCAAAACAAGUGGAAAAAUGAAAUUUUUUGUUUGUUUUAUUCUGCAUCUUUGACAAUAAUGCAUGCUCUUAUGAUUUUAAUAAGGAGACCAACAAUGAACUGUUCCACACAACAGUAUUUGUCUUUUGAGUAUGAAUUUUAAGGAUAUAUUAAUUUUUCUGAAACUCAUAUUAAAAUAUAAAUUCAUUCAAAUUUAGAACUAUAUUUUUUUUAUGUGUUGUCAGAGAAUUUACGACCAGAUACAGUAACACAGUAUGAAAUACAAAUUUAUUUACAACCCAUAGGAAAAUUGUAUGUAUAGCUUGCAUUAUAAAUGUCAAAAUACAUGUAUAUGGGGUUUACUUCUCUUUUUCCCCCAGAAAUAAAAUGAAAAUAUUAUAAACACUAUCCUGUCAUUUUUAUUGAAGGCGUAUGCAUUGUU